AUGAACAGGUAUCUUCGAGCGCUUCUCCCCCUACUUCUGAGUAGUGGAACCGCCCAUGCUACUCUUGACUGUGACUGGGAUGCUGUAAACUCCCUCCUACCACCAAAUGUCAGCCUCUCUUUUGUGACCGCGAUUCCCGAGAACGGCACCUUCACAGUGCCCCGAGGGGAUACGGGUUGGCCAACCGACCCGAUCAAUCUCCCCAGUCUCUGCGCAAUUGGUGCCACCGUGUUGGGAGACACAGCCAACGCUAGCUUUGGCCUCGGUCUUUUCCUUCCCUCCCAAUGGAAUGGUCGUACGCUGACCGUUGGAAAUGGAGGCUUGGCGGGAGGAGUGACUUGGGUGGACAUGGUACGGAAAUCACCCAGCACAGAAUCCCAGCCCGGCACCGGGGUGAAAUAUGGCCACGCCGUCUUCUCCACGGACACUGGUCACAACAGUACCGCAACCGAUGCAAGUUGGGCGUUUCAAAACCCGGAAUCGCAGGUCAAUUGGGGGUGGCGGGCCUUGCACGAGACGGUGAUAUACGGCAAGCAGAUCACCGAGGCCUUCUACAGGACCAGGCCCUCCACUGGUGGCCGCCAAGGGUUCAAAGAGACGGAAGCAUUCCCGAGGGAUUUUGACGGAAUUAUCGCAGGCGCGCCUGCGUGGUGGACGCAAAUAUGGCAGUUCUGGGUGGGAUAUGUGAACUACAUUUCGAACAUCACCAUGAUUCCUACGAGCAAAUUUGAUGUCAUCGGCAGGGAGGUGCUGCGGCAGUGUGAUGGCCAGGACGGUCUCGUUGAUACGACCAUCUCCGAUCCUCUUGGAUGCAACUUCAACCCCGAAACGCUGCUAUGCUCCUCGGCCGUGACCGAUCCCACCGAUGCGGAAUGUCUGACGGCCGCGCAGCUGCAGACCUUCGACACCCUCAGUCGAGAUUUCCGGGCCACGAACUCGACCCUGUGGGCGUGGCAAUCGUUCAACGAGGAUGUGAUCCAACUCUCCGAGCGGCUCGAUCCCGGGCAGGCCGAUGCGUCGGCCUACAAUCUGAGUGCCUUCUACCACGGGGGAGGCAAGCUGCUCCAUUAUCAUGGCAUGAGUGACGGUGGCAUCGCCACGGGGGCCAGUUACUACCUCUACGAGCAGAUCGAUCGCACUCUCACCCCUCAGGGUGUACACGUGGAUGACUUCUAUCGCUUCUUUCCUAUCCCUGGGAUAGGGCAUUGCCUUGACACCGCCCAUUACGUGAACGCUCCGUACUACAUCGCCGGGAUCAGCAUGACAACCAACGGGAAGUACUCGGUGCCGAACUUCCACGAUGCGAAGCAUGACGUCCUGCUGGCGCUGAUGGAAUGGGUCGAGAAUGGCACGGCGCCGGACGCGAUCAUCGGGACCGCCUACGCCAAUUUUACCACAAUGGAUGCCAUCACGCGCCAACGGCCCAUUUGUGCCCAUCCCAAGCUGGCCCAGUAUCAGGGACGCGGGGAUCCCGAUCGUCCGGAGAACUGGAGGUGCCAGGCACUGGGUUCUUAGAGGAGAGAGAGAGAGAGGAUGGUCUCUUGCAAGGUUCACCAUUGUUGAAGGUCGGAACAUAACACAUUUGGGCGUAUAAGUGUUAGCUUGC